CGCCAUUAAACAGAAAGAAGAAGAAGAAACCCCGGAAGUACUCCUGGACCAUUUCCUGUCUAAAUAUUGCAUGACAGGUAAACUCGAAACAUUGCAUUUACUCUUUCCUUAGACAGUAAGUAGUUCUUACAACAAACAUGCCAGGCCCAGACAAAGAAACAGACCUGACGGAAAGGAUUGAAGCUUUCUUGUCCGACCUGAAGCGUGGAGGGAGCGGGACAGGGCCGCUGCGGGGCUCGGCGGAGACAGCCCGAGAAACGACCGCCUUGCUCCGCAGAAUCACAGCUCAGGCUCGGUGGAGCAGUGCAGGUGAUCUGAUGGAAAUAAUCCGGAAAGAGGGCAGGAGAAUGACUGCAGCCCAGCCGCCAGAGACCACUGUUGGAAACAUGAUCAGACGGGUGCUGAAGAUCAUCCGAGAGGAAUAUGCCAGAUCUCGGGGUAGCAGUGAAGAGACAGACCAGCAGGAGUCUCUCCACAAGCUGCUGACCUCUGGAGGACUCAGUGAGGAGAACUUCAGGCAGCAUUUUGCUGCCCUCAAAGCAAACGUUAUCGAGGCUAUCAAUGAACUGCUGACUGAGCUGGAGGGAACAACAGACAACAUUGCAAUGCAGGCCCUGGAGCACAUUCACUCCAAUGAAGUCAUCAUGACCAUCGGCCGCUCCCGCACGGUGGAGGCCUUCCUUAAAGACGCUGCACGAAAACGCAAGUUCCACGUUAUCGUGGCAGAGUGUGCACCUUUUUGCCAGGGACAUGAGAUGGCAACCAGCCUCUCAAAACUUGGAAUUGAAACAACUGUGAUUGCAGACGCUGCCAUAUUUGCAGUCAUGUCUCGUGUUAAUAAGGUCAUCAUCGGUACGCAGACAGUUCUUGCUAACGGAGGCCUGAGGGCAGUCAACGGGACUCACACUCUGGCGCUUGCAGCCAAACAUCACUCAACCCCUCUGAUUGUUUGUGCUCCCAUGUUCAAGCUCUCCCCUCAGUUCCCAAAUGAAGAAGAUACCUUUCAUAAGUUUGUGUCCCCACAUGAGGUGCUUCCUUUCACUGAAGGUGAAAUUCUCUCAAAGGUGAACGCUCACUGUCCUGUGUUUGACUACGUCCCACCUGAGCUCAUCACACUGUUCAUCUCUAACAUUGGAGGACACGCACCGUCAUACAUCUACCGACUGAUGAGCGAACUUUACCACCCAGAAGACCACGAGCUCUAACCCUUGUGAUUAAUGAAUAAAUUAAAGUAGUAGUGCUGCACUUU